GCCCCCCCGCCCGCCCUCGAGGCGAAUCGGCUCCGCCGUGCCACCACCGCCGCCGCCGCUCCUGAGCGCAUGCCUUCUUCGGCCCCAGCGAAGCCCCUGGCCGCCGGGCCGGACGGAGGGGGACGCUGCUGGCCAGGCUGCGCUUUGCUGCAACCACGUGUCAUUCGGAGCCUGCCUGUCACACAACAACAAGGAAGCCUUCGGGGGAAUCUUCUCCUUCUCCUUCUCCGCUUGGAUCGCCCUGGGGAAAGCCGCCACUUUCCUGAGCCAGCAAUGGAAGAAAAUAGCUUGGGCACCCUGCAACAGAGGGCAGCUGAGCUGGAGUGCAUGGCAGAGGUUCUUCUGACAGGGGAACAGCUACGGCUCAGGCUGCAUGAAGAAAAAAUUAUUAAGGACCGAAGACACCACCUGAAGACUUAUCCGAACUGUUUUGUUGCCAAAGAAUUGAUUGACUGGCUGAUUGACCACAAAGAGGCCUCUGACAGGGAGACAGCAAUAAAACUCGUGCAGAAGUUACUGGAUCGUAGCAUUAUCCAUCAUGUUUGUGAUGAGCAUAAGGAAUUCAAGGAUCUCAAACUUUUCUACCGCUUUAGGAAAGACGAUGGGACGUUCCCACUUGACAAUGAAGUGAAGGCUUUCAUGAGAGGACAGAGAAUAUACGAAAAGCUUAUGAAUACUGAAAAUGUUAUUUUACAAGCCAGAGAAGAAGAAGGAGCAAAAUAUGAGCGUACGUUCAUGGCCUCUCAACUGAUUGACUGGUUGAUCCAGGAAGGAGAAGCUGCGACUAGAGCUGAGGCGGAACAACUUGGUCGCAGACUUCUGGAGCACGGAAUUAUCCAACACGUGUCAAACAAACACCAUUUUAUGGAUAGCAACCUCCUUUAUCAGUUCCGAAUGAAUUUCCGCCGCCGGAGGAGAUUGAUGGAACUACUCACCGAGAAAUCCCGUUUGGUGCCGGAGAGCCAUGACAGUCCCUUUUGCCUGCGGAAGCAAAAUCACGACCACAAAAAACACGCCACUUUCCUCUCAGUAAGCCCCAGCAAGGAGAUCAAGAUUGUCUCUGCGGUCAGACGGAGUAGCAUGAGCAGCUGUGGUAGCAGCGGGUACUUCAGCAGCAGUCCGACCCUUGGCAGCAGCCCGCCUGUCCUCUGCAACCCGAAAUCUGUACUAAAAAGAACAGUGACUCCCGAAGAACUUCUGAGGCCCGGGGCUCCCUAUGCCCGGAAAACAUUCACUAUCAUAGGUGAUGCUGUUGGGUGGGGAUUUGUGGUCCGAGGGAGCAAGCCCUGCCACGUGCAAGCCGUGGAUCCCAGUGGACCGGCAGCUGCAUCAGGAAUGAAGGUUUGUCAGUUCGUGAUUUCUGUGAAUGGGCUCAACGUUCUCCAUGCAGAUUACAGGACUGUGAGCAACCUCAUCUUAACCGGUCCUCGGACCAUCGUCAUGGAAGUGAUGGAAGAAAUUGAGCCCUGAGGCGGAUUUUUGACCUGAUGCUCCACUGUUGUGGAUCCAGCCCCUGUCCAAACACAAGCAACAUUAUCCGAGGGGAUAAAAACAUAUCUUUUUCUCAGAGAUCAAUUUUGCCUUUACUUUCCUCUCCUCUUUAAUAAUAGGGUUUUUCAAUGGAUAUACUCUUAAGACCAUGGGUGCGCAUUGGUGAGCCUAAACUACAGAAGCACAAAUCAGCUUGUACUACACAAAGGAACUGUUGUAUAUCCAAGUUACGGCAAGCUUAGAUGGUCAAUCUUACAGACGGGCAAUAUCCGAUGCAGCUGUGAAAUCUCUUAUUAGGAAUCAUGUUUGUGCCAAUCUCUUCAACGUUGUCUUGUUUUCCUUUUAAUUCAUGUUUUCGUUUGUGAUUGUAUAGAAUGAGCCCAGUUUUUCCAGUGCAUCGUCUCCAGACAUAUUAUGUCCACAACUUCUAGAAUUCCUAGCCAGCAGAAACAACACCUGAAAUGGUUGAGAAUUCAAGAAGUCGAUGUCCAAUUUGUUUGGAGCAUGCCCAGAUACUAGCUUUGAUUUUGAAAGAUCUGGUAACAAUUUCAGUUCAAACGUACUGCUAGACGUAAACUAAGGAUUGUUACAAAUUUGGUACCAAGGAAGACCCCGUUCUACUUCUUGGACAAGUUCUGGAACAGGAAGCAAGUGGACAUUUUAAACAUGUCAGCUGUGCAUAAUUAUGUCUGUUCUGUAACUUGGCUAAUCUUGAAAAGCUAAACCAGACAGAUCUGGUCAGUUCUUUAACAGGAGAUCACUAACAAAUCCUGGGUCUAGGUUUUAGACUGGGAAGUUCAGAAACAGUCUCAAAAGAAAAUGACAGUAAAUUACUUUAAUAUUGUUGCCAACAAAAUGAUAUGGUUGUAUCCAUGUAAAUUUAUCAGGCUUGAGCUCAAUUCGACGGAAUCUUUAUCUUUUUAUCUCUGAAGAUGGAGAAGAAACUUUUAUCAGUUACAACCCUGCCAUCACCUUGAUGAAAAUCUCAAUUAAGAAUACAGAAGAGUGGACAGAAUUCACUCCCUACUACACACGGUCCAGUCUCGUUCAUACAGAAUAACAGAGUCAGAAGGGACCUUGGAGGUCAUCUAGUCCACCCCCCUACUCAAGCUGGAGACCCUAUACCAUUUCAGACAAGUGGCUGUCCAGUUUCUUCUUAAAACCUCAGGCCAUUUCACUGAUUAAUUGUUCUGUCAAGAAAUUUCUACUUAUUUCUAAGUUGGAUCUCUCCUUGAUUAGUUUCCAUCCAUUGUUUCUUGUUUAGUAUGAGCCCUGGUGGUGCAGUGGUUAGAAUACACUAUUGCAGGCUAACUCACUGCUCACUGCCAGGAGUUCGAUACUGACUGGCUCAAGGUUGACUCAGCCUUCCAUCCUUCCGAGGUGGGUAAAAUGAGGACCCAGAUUGUUGGGGACAAUAUGCCGACUUGGUAAACCGCUUAGUGAGGGCUGUAAAGCACUGUGAAGCGGUAUAUAAGUCUAAGCGCUAUUGCUAUGUGCUACAUAUUUCUGAUAUUAUAGUGUAAGCCAUCAUCUUACACUAUAAUUUGGCUAACAAGCACUUUGUUACAAUUUAGAUCCUUUUUUUAUAAAUAAGGUGGGUAAAUAUAGAUGCCAUAAUUUUAAGACAUCCAAGAUUCCAAGAUACUGUUUUGAAUACAUCUUAUGAUAUUGCAAAAAGCAAACCAAUCUACUCUUGUUUGUCAGCUGCAGAAGCCUAAGCAAAUAAAGUGGAAUCUUAUAAGCCA